CAAACACACACGCACAGUGCUUGCACACGUAUGAAUGAUUUAUUCUCUCAUUUUUUGUUUAGUUCGAAUCAACAAAUAUUAAGAACUGAUUUCUUAUAAUGAUUUCAGUGUGUUAUUUCCUUGCAUAACUCAUUGUAUAAUUAUGAAUACCUUUGUAAAAUAUUACCUUAUUGUACUGUUUAUAAUAACUACCAUUGAAAUAAAAAAUAUUCGAGGUGCAUUCAGAAAGAAACCCCCUACAUCAUUUGUAAUUGUGGAAAAUUUGACUUCAACAGACAGAUUCAUGAAACUUGUAAGACAUUGUUUUACUAGUUUCAGCACUUGGAUGGUACUUUUAGGAUAAACCAAUGCAUAUUCAUUGAAUAUUCUUAUUGAAAAUAUGUUUGUAUUUUAAUAAAACAUUUUACAAUUAAAA